AAGUCGAAAUAGAGUUGAAGUCCGUUCCGUCCCUCUCUGGAUCGCUCUGUUCUUGCAACAGUACGAUAUCGAGUUCGAUUAACAAACAGAUUCAUCGUGAGGUAUUUUAAGCUGGAUUUUGUGCAUCAUACUAAUUGUGAAAAUCAGAAAAAAAAAAACAAAAAAAAGGUGUCCUUGUGAGCCAAGUAGAAUAGUCUUCGGAUAUGAUGGACGAUAACUUGGGAGAAGGCCUUGGUGGCUUUGGCCAUAAACGUUCUGGCAGAGAAACUAAUAUGAAUACUCAGGGACAAAAUCAGUCUGGUCAUGAUUGUGCAGCAAAGAAGAAGAGGGUAUCGAAAAUUAUUGGUGGAGGCCUGCGUCAGUUCAGUAUUAUUGUUUGCAAGAAGGUGGAAAACAAGGGAAGAACCACAUAUAGCGAGGUUGCAGACGAAAUUAUAGCUGAGUAUACCACGAUACAGAGUAAUUCAGCAGUUUCCUUGGAUGAGUUUGAUGAGAAGAAUAUACGAAGGAGGGUGUAUGAUGCAUUGAAUGUCCUUAUGGCGCUGGAUAUUAUCACUAGAGACAGAAAGGAAAUUAGGUGGAGGGGUCUCCCUAAUACCAGUGUGAAGGAUAUGGAAGAGAUAAAGGCACUGCGUGCUGAGCUGAUAAGAAAAAUUGGAAAAAAAGCUGCUUACUUGAACGACUUAGAAGAACAAAUUGCAGGUCUGCAGAAUCUUAUGCUGCGUAAUCAGCAGUUGCUUGCGUCUGGCAAGGCCCCUUCCCAAGGAUUCUCUUUGCCAUUUAUACUGGUUGAAGCAAGCCCUCAUGCUACAGUUGAGAUUGAGAUUUCUGAGGACAUGCGAUUGGUGCACUUUGACUUCAGCAGCACACCCUUUCGCUUGCAUGAUGAUGCUUACAUUCUCAAGUUAAUGCGCCACUACCAAUUGCUGGAGAGUAGACAUGUUUCUUGACGUUCUUCAACUCGACAUCUUGAAUCCCCAGCACUAAUGCUGGAGGCACCAGAUCUGUCUACUAGUUUUCUGAGAAAGAUUCACAGAAAUGAGCAUAUUGGAGAAUUCUGGUUGAUACACGGUAUAGGGAAGAUAUUACACUCAUACACGCAUUUAUGAUUUUUAUCUUUCGGACUUUUUUUGCUGUAUUAAUAGGUGUAUGCAUUUCCAGUUGUGGACAAUAACAAGAUGGGAUUAGACCUGCCCUAUUGAAUUUUUUCUAUCAGCCUUUCAGGGCUCUGGGUUAGCUUCUACAUAUUUGCUGCUUCACAAAAACAUAGGUAUAGUUGAAGAGUAACAGGGGAGUGUUGAUCAUAGACCAGAUGGUUGAGGGGAAUCCCCUGGGCAUCUGAGUACCGAAUGUAUCCCAUAGACGGUGGAGAGUUUUAAUAUUCAUUCGCGUUGGUAACAUGGUAUAUUUUUGUGCUCUUGCAGAAGGCCAAUGUGC